UUUUAAGUGUAGAUUGUUGGUAGCAAUCCGACAACUCCGACAAUGCCUUACUAUUCUUCAUUAAUUGUCGGUCAGUUCACCAUGAACUGCAGUAUGGUAGUAGAAUACUUAGCUUAGUAAAAUAAAAUAUCCUAGCCAUUCUUGCUGGAAGUAUCGUGCUGAACACUAAUAAAUGUAGUAACGUAGUACAAUAAAUUAAAGUUGUUUGUGAAUCUAAAUGUGUGUUCAGAAUUUAUGUUUGUGAAAUAGUAUCCAGUGUACUUGUUCCGAUAUACCGUGGUAGCAUUCAAAUGCUGCGAUUAUGGUUCAGUAAACCCUGGUCCUGACUGCUACCAUUCCUACACGCACGCAACGAAAUCUGUAAUCUAAAACACAACGUAGGGUGUGUGACAACAUAAAAUUUUGGUGCCGUGACCAGGAUUUCCACAUCGCAGACGGAUCACGACAAUUGUGUUAUUCAGUUAAUAUCACACAAUUGAUUGACGCCAUCAUUGGCUAUGUUUCAAUACAUCAUUAUCCAUUAAACCAAGGACGCCAUCACUGGAAACUCAAAUUGAAUGCAGCAUAUCCAGUGCCACCACCAACUUAAAGCAGUUUAUUGUAUGCAAGGCAUUUUGAAUUUUUAUAGCAGGUAAUUACCUGUCCAAUAUCUGCUGAUAGUUCCACAGGUAUGAGUUAGAUACCUUUUCUAUAUUUGCACGCAUAUUUCUUCGCCGCCUGAUUACUCCGGAGCCUUCACAAGUAGAGGAGCACCUUUCUAUCAUUCAUAAACGGAACAAGGAUAUACCGAAGGUUGCAUCUUACAGCAUUUUUAAUUUCAAGGCUCAAUUUGCCUUGGAAUAGAAAUUUCAAUCGACAUUGACCUCCGUUCGCGUUUUAUCAUGAGUACUGCAGGAGAAAUCAAUCAACUGAUCUCACGGAGAACAUCGCUUCUAGCUAGUCUGGGUCGGGCAGAGAACUUUCUGGCCGAGUUCGACUCACAGCGGGAUCAAAUACAGCUACAUGUGCGUCUUGAGCGGCUGGAAAAAUUGUGGGACGAUCUCGAAAGUACACAAGAUCAGUUGGAAGAGAUAGAGACAACUGAUGAAGGUAGGAAAAUGCAGGAGAAAAUUCGGGCUAAUUUUGAACCUCGACUCUUCAUAAUAAAGGCAAAUUUAGCUUCCAAGCUUUCUUCGUUAGUCACUGAUGCUCGUCCACCUCAACCAACGUACACAAACUCCACUCUCUCUGGCAUAAAAUUACCGACAAUAACGCUCCCUGAAUUUGAUGGGGAUUACAUGCAAUGGCUUACGUUUCAUGAUACCUUCUUGGCAUUAAUACAUUCCAAUUCUGAAGUUCCACCAAUUCAAAAAUUUCACUAUCUGAAAGCAGCUGUCAAAGGAGAGGCUGCUCUGUCUAUUGAGUCCAUUGCUAUUAGCUCUGCAAACUACGAAUUAGCUUGGCAAACAUUAAAAGAUCGAUACGCAAAUGAGUACCUUUUGAAGAAACGACAUUUGCAAGCUCUGUUUGAUAUUCAAGGCAUUAAAAGGGAAACGGCAGCUACGCUCCACGGAUUGGUGGAUGAAUUUGAUCGUCAUGUCAAAACAUUGCAUCAGCUAGGUGAACCAACAAAUGCUUGGAGCACUAUACUUGAACACCUGUUAUGCACACGCUUACCUGACGAUUCGCUAAAGGCUUGGGAAGAUCAUGCAUCGAAAACAGAUAAUCCAGAUUACGAAAGCUUGAUUGUGUUCCUGCAACGUAGAACUCGUGUCCUCGAAUCUAUAUCGGUGAACCAUAACACUGCAUCCACAAGUUUCAAUACAUCCGGCCAAUCAACGAGAAAACUUCCGCAUCUUCGCUUGUCAUCAUACACCUCUACAACGGAUUCGAACAAUCAAUGUCCAGCAUGUGAUCAACCACAUCCAUUGAUAAGGUGUCCAAAAUUCUACCGUUUUUCUGCUACUGAGCGACAGCAGCUGGUCAUGUCGAAGCGACUUUGUCACAACUGUUUACGUAGAGAUCACAUUGCUCGCAACUGCUCUUCGAACUUCAACUGCAAACAUUGA